CGUGUCGCGCCCAUCGACUGUAGAGAAACAGGUCGUGACUCGUGUGUCCGACAGGAAUGCCACGGUGAUCCCGGAGCGUUGAGUAUGGAUCGUCCGGACGCCACAUUCACUCUGGCGUAUGUCGUGUUCGCGCUGUGCUUCGUGUUCACGCCGAACGAGUUCCGCUCGGCCGGCUUCACGGUGCAGCACAUCUUCUCGCAGUGGCUCGGCAGCGAAGACAUCGGCUUCAUCCAGCACCACCUCCGGAGGAGCACUCUGACCGCGCUGCUGCACUGCUGCCUGCCGCUCGGAUACUACAUAGGAAUGUGUGUCGCAGCUCCAGAGCAGGAUCUGCUGCAGGUGCACCGGGCGGCUCAGGGCUGGCAGCUGUACUUGGGCUUCUCUCUGGCUGUGCUGCUGGUGAGCUGUGUGCUUGUGUUCUGCUGGUCCAGACGCGGCUGGGAGAAUCACCCCAUCUGCAGGGUGCUCAGUGCACACGCCUUACCGCGGUCCAGCUGGAGGGCCGUCGCCGCCUCCAUCAACACAGAGUUUCGGCGCAUAGAUAAAUUUGCUUCGGGCUGUCCGAGUGCGAGAGUGAUCGUCACAGACAGCUGGGUGAUGAAGGUCAGCACUUACUCGCUGCACAUAGCCCUGCAGCAGGACUGCCACCUGACCGUGACCGACUGCACACAGCACAGCCUGUCUCCUGAGCUCAACGCUCCAGUGCAGAUCCUCACCAUCAGAGUGUCCAGCAUCAACCCCCGAGUCCAGCCCUUCACCAUCAGGCUGAAGUCCAGCGAGUACGCCGAGCUGCAGGAGAAACUGCAGGCGCCCAUCAGAAACGCUGCUAAUGUGGUCAUCCAUCUGAGCAUGAGCGAGCUCUUCCUGGAGACCUUCAAGACAUACGUGAAGAUGAACGCGGUGUACGAGUGUCCGAGUGGACAGGAGCUGGAGCCGUGUAUCGGCUGUAUGCAGGCCAGUGCCGGCGUGAAGCUGCUGCGUCUGUGUGACGGUGAGGGAGAGUGUCAGCAGUGCUACUGCCGGCCCAUGUGGUGUCUCACCUGUAUGGGCAAAUGGUUUGCCAGUCGCCAGGACCAGCAACAGCCGGAGACGUGGCUCAGCAGCAGGGUCCCGUGCCCCACCUGCAGGGCCAAGUUCUGCAUCCUAGAUGUUUGCUCCGUUGAAUGAGGCUGGUGUUUAAAACCUCUGUGCUUCUCAAACUACACACAGAUCUGAUGACGGAGAACGAAACCCUUCAAGAGCUGCUCCAGCUCAUCUGUCAGCCCAAACUCAGCAGAAACAAUGAUAUUUUAGCUACUCUUUCAUAUUUGAUUUGAAGUUCUAAGGAUCUAAAUAAAUGAACGUCAUCAAAACUUUGCUGUUAAACCUGUCGCACUUGAUCUACUGCAUGCAUUCUGUCAUCUGAUUGAUAGUUUGUUUUUA